CCCGCUCUCCUCCUCAGGCGUCUUGUACGCAGGCGUGAGGGAGGAAGGGACUUCUCUUCAACAUGGCGGCGACCAUAGACAACAGCAAUGCCGUACAGGCGACAAAGAAAAAGCACCUGGGGAUCCCCGAAGCUGUGUUUGUGGAAGACGUCGACUCGUUCAUGAAGGAGCCCGGCAACGAGACGGCGGACUCGGCGCUCAGGAAGCUGGACGAACAGUACCAGAAAUAUAAAUACAUGGAGCUCAACCUGUCUCAGAAGAAACUCCGGUUGAAAAACCAGAUCCCACAGAUCACCCAGACGCUAGAAAUCCUACGACACAUGCAGAAGAAAAAGGAAACCACAGAGGCCAUGGAGACACACUUUCUACUGGCGGACAACGUUUACUGCAAGGCCUCAGUGUCGCCCACUGACAAAGUUUGCCUAUGGUUAGGGGCUAACGUCAUGUUAGAAUACGACAUCGACGACGCCCAGGCUCUCCUAGAGAAGAACCUGUCCACAGCGUCUCGCAACCUAGAGACCCUGGAGGAAGAUCUGGACUACCUGAGGGACCAGGGCACCACCACCGAAGUCAACAUGGCACGAGUCUACAACUGGGACGUAAAGAGAAGGAGCAAAGAAAACCUCCUGAAAUCGGCUACCAAGUCUUAAUUAAACAGAACAGUGUCUAUGUCCCCCCCCUCCCCGCUAACGUUCUCCUUAGUCAUUAAAUAAAAAUGAACCCAGAGCUGAAGUCGUGCGUAUGUUGACCCCAGAGCUCGGCUCAGAGGGGACCCGUCUGAAGCGUCCCGGUGUGUGACGCUGCAGAGGUCGAGUGUUUCAAGUGCCGUUUGCUUUUCAGCCUCUCCUCUACCCAGUCCAGCUAAACCUUUCACCACUACUGUUUUCUGUUCAUUUUUGUUACUUUUUAAAAGUAUUUUUCAAGUAAAAUCUAACCAAAAAGCAAAGUCGACAAGGCCGUUUUGUAUUCUUUUUAUUGAUUUAAAUAUGUUCCGUUUGCUUCUUUAUUUAUUUCCUUUGACAGACUAUGAAUGAGGGUUCACCUACAUCAUCUUCUCCUGUGUGGAUUUUCCUUCUGUGUUUUCCACAAAUACUUCCUCUCAGCCAGCAUCGCUCACAGUUCUAGUUUCCUCCAACAGAGCCGGCUGGUAGUUUGACGAUUGUGAAAAGAAAUAAAUAGGAUUAAGUGGUUUGGCCUUGUAACUGUGGUUUGCUUCCUUGAGACGUUGAGGGGUUCACAAGGAUCAGCAGGAUUCCUCCAUCAAACCUGCUGUAGUCCUCUGACCUCUGACCUUCCUCUCCAUGUUUCCUACGUUUCUGUUUUCCUCUCCUUGUCACUGUCCUGUCCGUAUUUAUUUGUCUUCCACUGUACUCGUUAAACAAUGACUGAAGUAAAAAGAAGAAAAUUGGGGAACAGAUGAGACCUUGA